AUGAGUUGUUUACUUGUUCCAGUCUUAGACAUAGUAGAGGAGGGAGACGAGGUGCUCGUGGGAGAUGCUGACUGCACUGCGGACGAGCGACUCAGAGGCAUAGAAGAAGUGGUUCUUGUGGAGGUGGAGGUAGUAGCGACCAGGAUCUUCGUCGACGAGAGCUUCGACGGAAGGUACCGCUCGACAAUGAGCUUGAGGUUUGGAUCGGAGAACUUGAAAAGCUUCUCAAAGAUGACUGCCAUCUCCUUCUCUAUGCCUUCGAGGGUUUAUAAUUCCUUCCCCAUUCUUUCUCCCGAACUCCCCUUUCGCCCGAUCCUUUCCUUCCCCGACUCCUCUCCCUCGCGAUCUCGGGUCAUCGCCGGUCGCCGGGCAUCAACGCCGAUCGUCGGCGACGGUCUUCUCCAGGGGCUUCAGCCGAUCCUUUUAGGGCGAUGGCACUGCGAUUCCUUUUCCUCUCCCUCUCCUCCCUCUCGAUGCGUGGAGUGGUUUCUCCUCUUCCUCUCUCGCCUGCGGACGACCCGACGCCGACGGCUUCCCCAGCGAUCUCGGCUUCGUCGCGUCACCAGGGGGAAAGCGUCACUCGAUCUUGAUGGCUCCGACCAUCUCCGACGCUGCGAUCUCCUCUUUGGCUGUGCUGGCACACGAGGCAAGGGCUCGGCGACUAGGGCAUUGCGGGGAAGUUACUCCGUGUCAUUCACAGGCGUCCGAUCGCCUCUGAAUCUUCUUCUCGAUCGGUUCACUGGAGUGCAUUCCGGAUCUUCACUAGCUGAAGAGGAUCGCACUACAUUACUUGGAGGCGACAAAUUGAGCAUCGGAUCAAAGUAUGGUGGAGGUCCCUAUUGUCGAUCACCACCCUCUCCAAUUCUUGAAGUGUGGAGGCCACGGGUGAAGAUGGAGGGUUUGUUGAGGUGUGUAUGCGCCCUUGUAGCAUGGACAGGGAAUCAUGGUUGUGAGUUGCUAUAUUGCUACUAA